CCAUAAAUAAAGCCAUUCUAAUUACCUCGACAAACCAAACCUUCUCAUACCUAACUCUUCUCCUCACAAUUCAGUUUCAAGCUUUCUUUUUUGGUUUUUAUCAAAACCCCAUCUCGAAUUUCUGAUCACUUUCUGAUAAUCAAAUCAGCUCGCAAGAUGAGAAGCAAAGGACAUAGCUCUAACAAGUUCGUGCGGUUCAUUACAGUUCCCUUUAAAAUGUUAGGCAAAGCUAGGGAUCUGUAUGUUAGGAGUUUGUCAAGUUGUGCUUCAACUGUCAGCUACGGACAAAGCUCGGGCGGCUACACAGGGCAAUACUCAGGCUUGCCAAGGAGCUUUAGUGCAAGCUCAGCGGCAUCAUCUAAUGACAAUGAAGAUCUUAGAGAGCUUAUUAGAGCUGCAUCGGUUAGGAGUUUGGGUCAUAGGAAUGAAAUGGAGAUGUUUCUGCAACAACAAUUGAGGCAGAUGGGAUCAAAAGGGUUGCCAAAGAGUUGCAGUGUGGGGAUGGGAAGAAUUGAUGAAGACAAGCCUUGUGAAUUUGAAGAAGAAGAUGAUGUUGUUGUUGAUAAGAAGCAAGAUUUUUUGUAUCCGAGAAGCAAAAGCUAUGCUGUCACAAAAAGAAGUGUUUUGCUUUGAUUCCUUUUGAUUCUGUAAUUGCAUAUAAGGGAAGUAAAAGAACCUCUCUUUUCUCUCUUAAUUGUCUUGCUUUUUUUGUUGUUUUGAGAUUUUUUUUUUUUAAAUUAGAAAGGUGUUUUCAAGUAUGAUAUUGUUAAUGGAAUUGCUUGCUUCUCUCUUUUGAGACAA